ACCAGCCUCGUUGAUUUCAGCAAUUGUCUCGUGGCGCGGCUGGGAAAAUAGAAAGGCAUCGACCGCAUCAAGCGACUGUGCAACUUGUUCUGUGCCUCUUCGUAAGUCCUUUUUGCAUCCUGAGAUUUUACAACGUUGCUGUUGUCGCUUCGUGAUCACCACCAUCAUCUUGCCAACUUUGUCGUGGCCAGCAUCCGGAUCAACGGCGGGACUCGGUCUACCCCAAAUCAUUGACUUUUGGCGCACCCCGACAAAAUCGCAUCACAUCGAGGGAACGUACUGUACGUCCAAGUGGUGCAUCAGAAUAUACCAGGAAUAGAGCCUUUGGGAAACACGUUCAACAUUCUACAUCAUCAGUCCCUCCGAGCGCUGGAUGAUCUUGCCUUAAAAGCCCAGGCGCUUCCGCAGAUCGAAACUCGCUUGCGCGCAGUUGCCAACUUCCGCCUUGCACCACAAGUGCAUGAUCUGAUCCAAACAUCAUGUCCCAGCACUCGUUUCAAGGUGCUCUGGCACAUCCGCCGCCUCGCCUGCUACCGUUUGCCUCUUCUUCACCGAACGAUGAUGAUGAUGACUAUUCUUUGACUUUGCCAUCACCGGCACCGACCAGAGGCCCCCAACGAUCUCGGACAGCUGCCGACCUUCCACUCUUAUUCAACCGGACCCAGUCUUCCUCACCCACGGGAUCCUCGACAUUCCUGCCCUUUCUUCGUCCGCAAAGCACCACCUCCCAAUCCAUUUCGCCCGGAAGUGUCGCCGCAUCCCAUAUCAACGUGAAAGUGGAGCCGGGAGAACCAACAACAACGGUAAAGAGGAAGUUGGCAACUACUAGUACUACCGUCGACAGACUAGCCAGUUGGUUUGAAGGCUCAUCUGAGCCUGUGAAUAUAACACUGAUACCAUCUCCAUCUCCGCGGAAAGAGAAGUUGAAUCCUGUGGAUGAGAUGGGGCCAAUGUCAACUCCAAUGCAUGAUGAUUUCGCAGACACCUUCACCACCAGGCGUAAUAAUAACCCCAAAAGACCAAGCAUGUCAGAUCCCAGCACCUCCACUUCCAGAUUCAGCUUCUUUCGUCGAUCAGCAGUUGUGUCGCAGCCAUCGCAACAAGACAUUGCCAGUGCCAACGACGAACUGGCCCAGCUGAACAUCCAAGAAGCACUAUUCCCACACGGCCACCCGGACGAGUUCUCGCCUGCUGUGUUCAAAAACCUGCAGCUCAACGCUGAGGGGACAUUGCGACGCUUUCAGCAAGCCUAUAUCGAGCAGCUGAAGGCGCUCAAGUCGGCCAUCUCCACCAAGAACGUUCAGGCGGACGAGCUGGAGGCUGCGCAGACGAGAAACGAGCAUCUCAAACUUCAGUUGCAGGACAUGGCUGAAAGGGCCGCAGAGCAAGAAAGACAAAUUGCAGAACUCAACGCACAGUUGUUGCAACAACAACGUUCGUCUCUUGAGACGCACCAGUCACAACAACGGAGCAUCAGAAUAGUCGGCCAGGAAUGUGCGCAGCCUGAUGAUGCUCACGCUCAGGUUUCCAAACGAAGGAAUCGUUCAUCUGACGUCUCGACGUUAGGUGGUGGCUCAGAAGCCGGUUCGGACGUAAGCUCCGUCGUCAGUGUCUUUUCAGAAGCUUUGUCUGUGGCCCCAUCUAGUGCGGCAACGUCGGUCGUCUCUGCUGCAAAUAAUGGGGGUGCAUAUGCCAGAGACAACUGCCCGAGGUGUCAUGGACUGAGUGAGUCGGAAGCUUGGGAUGUCAUCGGCAUGAUGAAGAUGGAGUCAACUGUCUUGAAACAACGCAUCGCCCAGCUCGAGUCCGCUCAGGAUGAUGCUCUAGAUUUCCUGAGCGGACUCAAGUUGUCUUGAGGCGUCGGUGAUAAUUGUGUCGUGCCAUGUAUAUGAAACAUUUUAACUAAGAUAAAUAGUAUACGGAGAUACCCGAGAUGGCGUUAUGGUUGUAUUAUACAGGGGAAACACAGCAGUGUGUAUACCGAGCAAAUGAGUUUACCGAGGAAAAUGAAAAUUCAACGGUCAGCUAGUCACUUCUGACUUGAGUUUCAGGACUGCACUCGCAUGAGGUUGACUCCGCGUUAUUCAUCUCCUCUUCGCUGGUCCAAUCUCCGGCAUGAAGGCAAAGCUGCGGAACAGCUUCCCUAUAGAACUCGUCCUUGCACAUCUCCCUUGGUAUCCCCAAGGUACAUAGAUGGACGACAAACCAAAGUAUAGUACUUUUCCUGUACACGCUUCUGCAAACGACAGAAAAUCCAUGAGUUGCUCUCAUGUUCAACUUUCGCCACAAGGUAUAUUGGUAGUGUACAUCAACAACGAGGAAGAGCAAGAGCCACAUAUUAGACCUGCACGCUGGUGGGGAU